AUGCGCGACGCUGGGCCGUCGCGGCGACCGGCGCCGAGCGUGUCGCGGGCGUUUGCCGACGAUGAGCCGGACGAGGCACCUAUGCCCGCGCGCAAGCAGCCGCGGCAUGGUCCAUUGUCGUCACUCGUUGCGCAAAUGCAGCAGCGCGAACCUAGGGCGCCCGAAGUGGCGGCCGUCGCUCCGCCACCGCGCCCAGACACGGCGCCGCGGGACUCGACUGUCGACCUAUCGACCAAUCUUUGCGUGCGCCCAAUACCCCCUCUUGCAGACGAACGCUCGCUAGGCCUGUUCUUUGCCGAAUGGGGCGCCGUUGCGCUCGUCGAGAUCCGCGAUGCCCCAGACGGACGCGCAGGGUACGUGGCGUUCAUGGACCGCGCCGAUGCAGAGCGUGCGCACACACAGGCCCCUGGACGCGCCUGGGGCGCAGCACGACUUCAGGUGGCGUGGGCACCGCCCGUGCCUUGCCCUGCCGUACCGGCCUUUCCUGCACGCGAUGCGCCUCGGCCACGGCGCCGCAUCGCAUACCGACACCGUGGAGAGCAUGCACGGCCUGCUGCCGAUCCAGAGAUGGGUGUGUCGUUCGCUGAUGAUGGGUAUGCAUCGCUGUAUUCUACCGACUCGGAGGAGGCCUCUGAGGCCGAGACGUCAACGACACUCGGCCCCCUCGCUGCUCAGCGCUUCAAAGCCAUGCUGCGCAGCCUGACCCUGCGUCGCGAGCGCAUUGCACGCUGCAUGGUGCUCGCUCUUGACCAUGCACAGGCGGCAGAUACCCUGGCGGCCAUCCUGGCAAACUCGCUCCAAAUUGCCUCGACGCCGAUCCCACGCAAGUUGGCGCGGCUGUAUGUUGUCUCUGACAUCCUGUGCAACGGGGCGGCGCCGGUCCCUGGCGCGUGGAAAUACCGCGACGCCUUCCAGGUCCACCUUCCGCCGAUCUUUGCGCAUCUCGGUGCGACGGUGCGAGCCUGCCCGGGGCGCAUGACCGCCGAAAAGGUGCGAGGGCCGAUCCUUGCCGUGCUCGACGCGUGA